UUUUACAAUUUACCCAUACAUACAUACAUAAAUAUUUUUAAACUCUUAUACGCUUAUUUACUAGCACGUUGUCGCAAUCCGAAUCGUAAAAUGGGUUAUUGUGUCUCAAUUUACGAAUGCCCCAGCCUUAUUGAGGUAGUACAACGCUUCGAACUCGCUCCAACGGAUCGUGAAUUCCUACAGAAAUCUCAAUGUACCAAUGGUUAUGGCCAGCCGCCGUAUGUCUGUUGUACGCCUGAUAAAGGUUUCACUACGUCGAAUAGUGGCUCAACAACGUCGAGUACAACAACAACAAGCCGCCCAUCGACUGUCAAUCCGCCAGCACCAAGCAAUGGACGUGGAAAUGUGCUACCGGUGCCGCCUGCGUGCGGUCCAAAUUCACUGGAUGAUAAAAUUUACAAUGGCAAAGAUACGGCACUGGAUCAAUAUCCCUGGAUGGUGCUGCUUGAAUACGUACAGAAAAAUGGCAAACCCAUACUAAAUUGUGGCGGCAGUUUGAUAAAUCAACGCUAUGUGCUGACAGCAGGCCACUGUGUUGUGGGCGCCAUCGAAACGGAAGUUGGCCCACUCUCUACCAUACAUCUGGGCGAGUAUGAUAUCGGCAAAGAAAUCGAUUGUAUACAACAAGAUUGCAACAACAAAGUCGUAAAAUUGGGCUACGAACAGGUGAUCCCACAUCCACAAUACCAGCCCAACAACAAUAACCGUCAUCAUGAUAUUGCGCUCAUACGACUGGCAGAGGACGUGACAUAUUCGGAUUUCAUUAGGCCAGUUUGCUUGCCGUUGGCCAGCACACGUCAGGCCAUCAAUGUGGGCGAAUUGCUUACAGUAGCCGGCUGGGGGCGCACAUUACUCGCACGUCAGAGCAAUGUGAAGCAAGAAUUGGCAGUGCCAGUUGUGGAUCAUGAUGCAUGCGCACGUAAAUUUUCAUCAAGAAAUGUCAAUCUGAUUACAUCGCAGCUCUGCGCUGGCGGUGAGUUUUCCAAGGAUAGCUGCGAUGGCGACUCUGGUGGCCCAUUGAUGCGCCAAAGUACCAACAACCGUUGGUACCUGGAGGGUGUUGUGUCUUUUGGCAAUCGUUGCGGUCUGGAGGGAUGGCCGGCGGUAUAUACGCGUGUUGCUGAUUACGUGGAUUGGAUUGAGCAGUCGUUGCGGCCGUAACUGUUGUGCAAUAUUGCUAAAGGUGGGCCCAAAAGACAGUCAAUAUGCUUACGGUAUGCUGCGCUGAAACUUGGUAGCAAGUGCUCUGAGCAUUUGUUUGUAUGUAUACAUACAUACAUAUGGUAUAAAUGUAAUUUCAUCGGCAUGUUGGCUUGCAUUUUUAUAUCUUAUGGAAUUGUCAGUCUGUUAAUAAUAUGAACAUAAAUACUUUUGUAUGCGUAAGUUGUUAAUGGUAAUUAAUAAAAAGUA